UUUAAAUAUAAAUUCUCGAUAUGUCAAGGAGUUAAAAUGAUGAUGAUAAACCUAAUAUUCCAUUGCCUUAAGCUACAGAUUAAAAGAAAUAAGAAAAACUAGCAUAUGAAAGAUAGAUGGCAAAAAUAACUUUAUUGAAAUAGACAGAGUAGAAAAAUUUACAUCUUGUAAAAUGUAACUUGAUGUAGGCAGGCUAAGUUAUACGAGAUGGCAGCAGAUAAAAUUGAGAAUGGAAUCUUAGUAAAGAAAUAAUUGUAGGAAUUAGCAAAUGAGGCAUAAUAAAUAAAAGAUGAAAAAAUGAGAAGAAGAAAGUAGUAAAUUUAAUCAAUAAGAAAAUGUGAAGAAGAUUUUAUUGAAAAAAGAAAGGAAGCAUAGAAAAUGGGGUAUAUUUAGUAAGUGAUUUUAGAGACUCUAUGAAACAAUCUUAAGUAAAAGAAUACAAAAGUACAAUAAAGUUAACUUUAAGUAGAACGAGAGAUUUUAUACUAUAAGAGAACUAAAAAAUAAGAGAAGCAUUAUAUUAGGAAGAGAAAGAGAGGAAGAAAAAGAAAGAAGAAACAAAGAAAUUGGAUGAGAUUAAAUCAUAAUAAUUUUAUAAGGAGAGAGUUUCAUACGAGAGAUUAAUAGAGGAAAAGUUAAAAAAGUCAAGAGAAAAGUUGUUUAAAGAUGAGGAGACUUUGAAAAUUCGUUUAAAAGUAUGAUGAGCAAUAUUAAUUAGUAAACUUAAGAUUUAUUGAGUAAGUCUCAAAAUAAGUUCAUGGAGCUUCAAAGUUGGAGUGGUUAGAAGAGAUGACAA